GGUAUCCGGGUAAGAUGGCCGCGGUAGGAGAGUGCUCGGUCUCUGUUCCGUGGAAGUCGGUUUCCCUCACUCACGUCGAGUACCCAGAAGGGUAUAUAACGCCAGUGGGAGCCAGUAAGCUGCUGAAUGCUUCUUAAUGGAAACUGCAAGAAGGGUGACUUCAGCGGAUUUAUUCUCGCUCAAGCAAGCCUGAGCCCAAUUUUCAUCAUAUUCGGCUUCAUCACACUGAUCGUUUUCAAGAGAGAGCUUCACACGAUCUCUUUCUUGGGGGGCCUCUUGCUCAAUGAAGGUGUGAAUUGGCUAAUAAAGAAUAUUAUCCAGGAGCCUCGCCCUUGUGCAGAAAUCCACACAUCGGUUUUUUCCAAGUACGCGAUGCCUUCCAGCCAUUCCCAGUUCAUCUGGUUCUUCUCCAUUUACUCUUUUCUCUUCCUCUAUUUAAGAAUGCAUCAAACAAACAAUGCAAGGUUCCUGGACUUAUUGUGGAGACAUGUCCUCUCCCUCUGCCUCUUAACCGUGGCCUUUCUCGUCUCCUAUAGUAGGGUCUAUCUGAUGUACCACACCUGGAGCCAAGUUGUAUAUGGAGGGAUUGUGGGGAGCAUCAUGGCGAUAGUUUGGUUUGCAUUCACACAGGAGAUCUUAACACCAUUGUUCCCAAGGAUAGCUGCAUGGCCAUUAUCAGAGUUUUUCUUAAUCAGAGACACCAGUCUCAUCCCAAAUAUAUUAUGGUUCGAGUACACAGUGACCAGAGCAGAAGCCAGGAACCGACAGCGUAAGCUGGGUACAAAGCUCCAGUGAAUAUGGAAGGGGGGUGUUAUGAACUGGACUGCACGAAUUCUGUAAGACAAAAAAUAAAAAUAAAAAUAAAAAAGCAAGGGCCAGCGUUAGAAGAGAAAGAGACCUGUACAGAGCUGGAAGUGAAGGAAGGAGCCUGUUAAGAGAUGGACCAAAAGGAAUGGAGGCAGGGACCACCACACCCUGAAGACCAGAGGCCUUUUCCAGCUAGCCGGAUCCACACUCUGCUGCAUGCCGAGGACCAUUCAGGAACCAGCAACCCAUUUAUAUACCGCAGCUGCACAGCAUCUGACCGGGGGGGUGGGAACAACCCCUUCCCCUCACUCGGCCACUGCACGUCUCUUGCGCAGACUCCGCUGAUGCAAACGGAAUUGCUGGAGGGAGAGAACUCCAAUGCACCUUCUCCCCCCCCUCCCCCCAUCUGUCCCUUCAUUUCAGCAGGGCCUGUGCAAGACACCCUUUGGGGUUGGUUUAACCUGUGAAAUUUGAAAAGUCUGAAACAGGGAGGGGGGGGUAUACUUAGCGUUUUGUCGGUGGGGGAGUCAAAAUAUUAUAUGACUUUGACUCCCUCCACAAAUUGAUUUCCCCUUUUGCAGCAUGCAGUGUACACACUAUUUAUUAUUCCUUUUAAAAUAAAAAAAAUGAAUUGUUUGCAAAAAAAAGGGGGGGAGGGGAGGGGACCCUGUGAUCAAGUGUUUUGGAAGGCAGCUGAUUCAUCUCCCUUUGGCAGGAGUUGAGAAAUGUGGAUCACGAGUGGAAAACGGGGGGAGCCUUCUUUCUGUUAGUUUAAAACUUUAUCAUGACUGUUCAGGGUCAUCAGGACCAAUCCCAACUGCACUUUGUAUCGAUUUUAAGAAAACUACACUAGUGAUGUUUCUGCACUGUGUCAGCACAAUACAAAAACUCAAUAGUAAGGCUGGGUGAUAUAUCAAUAUGUCAACCAAAACAGCUUUGAAGUCUAUAUCGUGAUAUUGGUUUCCAUAAUUUUUGACCUGGCAAUAUAUUGCGAAUCAUGAUGUGUGUUUGUUCGCUAUGCAAAAAUCACAAUGCGGGAAAAGCCGUGAAGCCAGUCAAUGGCUCUACAUGCAUUCAUCCUUAUUGCAGACAUCGUGAUAUAUCAGUAUAUUGCGAUGUGUAGCUGGCGAUAUAUCAUGUUUAAAACCAGGUAUCACCCAGCCCUACUCAAUACUAUCUUUUUGUUAUUAUUCAGAUACCUGUACAAAUUGUUUUGUUUUAAUGAUUUAUUAUUUUAGAGCCAACUUCACCAGUGAUCCUAUAUAUUUCUCUUCCUUCCUUUAUUCUUUCUACCCUAAUCUUUUUUUCUUUCCCCAAAAUACUGCUGCAGACUUUCUUACUGGUAGUUUAAAAUGCAAAAGAAAAAAGCUAAAAGAAAGCACCAUCAAGGCAUCACUCAUUCCCCUGGUGGUUUCAACUUUAUCCCCAAGUUGCCCCCCCCCAAACUUUUAAAUACUCAAUAAAAUGUUUUUAUGGUC